AUGGCAAAUACAAAUAUGGAAAUUGUUUUCGAAGGGGACAAAUUGUACAAACUUUUGGAAUUAUUUGAAUUAAUAGAUUUGUACGAUUUACUGAAAGAACACAACAUUACGGAGGAAAGUUUAAAGUUUAUGCAGAGCAGCCACAUUAAUGAAUUAUUCCCCAAAGAACUUUUGGGACGCAAAAUUAUUUUUGAACAGAGAUUGAAGGAGUGGCAAAUAGAACAAGGAGUGCGCAUUGAAAUUUUAUCUUUUCCAUCAGAAAGCGCAACGCCCGGAUCAGGAUCAACAGAAUCCAUUUCUUCUAGUUUUCUUGGUGCGGUUAAUGAUUUAAAUGAAGAAUUUUAAAGUCUAACGUGAAUGGAAAUGCUGUUUUAAAAUACUUUGAAAAUAAUCAAAGUUUAUCAACCAAGACUCGGAAACUUUUAUGUUCCUCGAUCACGGAAUACUUAAUUUAUAACAAAAUUAAGCCAACAAGAUUUCAUUUUUCGAAUUUAGCGGACAAAAUUAUACAACUUUUCCCAAAGGAAU